ACGUCCAACCCCUCUUGGUCCUACGCCGGCUGCUUCACCGACACUGUCUCGCCUCGCACGCUCCCUAAAUGGUCGACCUUUAACGGCCGCGACGUCACCAACGACGCUUGUAUCGCCUUCUGCGACAGCAAGGGCUACCCCCUCGCUGGGACCGAGUACGCCGGACAAUGCUUUUGCGGGACGGAGAUCACUUCUUCCCAGCUCGGCGAAGACAGAUGCAACAUGGCCUGUACCGGGAAUGCAGGGCAGAUGUGCGGCGGGCCAGGUACCUUGACAGUCUGGACGAAGAGUGGUGAGAGCAAGAAAACUAAAAGGCAUUUGCAUGGUAUGGCGAGG